CGGUCCCUCUUUGCUGCCCCCUCUUCCUCCCUCUUCCGAUUGCCCCCCACGACUGUCCUCCCCGCUCCCCCCCGCCCAUCUCAGCGCCCCCACCCAGACCCGGGUGCACGGUCCAUCCGGCGCGCCUCCCUGGAGCAGCACCAAGGUCCCGGGGCUCCUACGGGGUGGGGGCGCAGGGCGGGGAGCAUGGGGAGGGGGCGCCCCGUGUGAUGGGCGGGGGGCGUAAGCGGAGGCGGCGGAGGCGGCGGCGACAGCGGAGCCGGGCCGGGGGCUCAGCGGGGUCCGGGGGCUGGGGGCAGCGAGCAGGGCGGCCCCAUGGCCGGGCCCCCCUGAGGCAGUCCGGGGGAGUCCCGUCCGCUCCCCAGCUCGGGGGUCUCGGGGCCCCAUGAGCCGGGGCGCGGGCGCGCUUCAGCGCCGGACAACGACCUACCUCAUCUCGCUGACCCUGGUCAAGCUCGAGUCGGUGCCUCCGCCGCCGCCUUCUCCGUCCGCGGCCGCCGCCGGCGCCCCCGGGACCAGAGGUGCCGAGAUCGGGGAUCCCGGCAGCCCCCGAGGUGCGGAGGAGCCGGGCAAGAAGCGGCACGAGCGGCUCUUCCACCGGCAGGAUGCGCUGUGGAUCAGCACGAGCAGCGCGGGCGCGGGGGGCGCCGAGCCCCCCGCCCUGUCCCCGGCUCCGGCCAGUCCGGCCCGCCCCGUCUCCCCCGCGCCCGGCGGCCGCCGCCUCUCGCUCUGGGCCGCCCCUCCCGGGGGGCUGAGCCCCGACGCCAAGCCCGGGGGCGCCCCCGCCGCCGGCCGGCGCCCCCUGCUCAGCAGCCCGAGCUGGGGGGGCCCGGAGCCCGAAGGCCGGGCGGGCGGCGGCGUCCCCGGCUCAUCCUCGCCGCACCCGGGCACCGGCAGCCGGAGGCUCAAGGUGGCGCCUCCCCCGCCGGCGCCCAAGCCUUGCAAGACGGUGACCACGAGUGGCGCCAAAGCCAGCGGGGGCAAGGGCCCGGGGAGCCGCCUGUCAUGGCCCGAGAGCGAGGGCAAGCCCAGGGUCAAGGGGUCCAAGAGCAGCGCCGGGACUGGAGCGGCCGCCGCGGCCGCCACGACCCCCGGCGGGGUCGCGGCCGGGCCCGGAGCCCGAGGGAAGCUCUCCCCGCGGAAAGGCAAGAGUAAGACCUUGGACAACAGUGACUUGCACCCGGGACCGCCCGCCGGCUCGCCUCCUCCGCUCACCGUGCCCGCGACCCCGGCUCCGCUAGCCGCUGUCACCGCCGCCUCCGCGCAGCCCGCGGGGCCUGCACCUCCGAUCACGCUGGAGCCUCCAGCUCCCGGGCUGAAGCGGGGCCGGGAGGGGGGCCGAGCAUCCACUCGAGAUCGAAAGAUGCUGAAGUUCAUCAGCGGCAUCUUCACCAAGAGCACAGGGGGGCCUCCUGGCUCGGGGCCUCCUGCGGGACCCCAGGGCUUGUCGUCCGGCAGCGGGUCCAGGGAGCUGCUGGGCGCAGAGCUCCGCGCUUCCCCUAAGGCUGUGAUCAAUAGCCAGGAGUGGACUCUGAGCCGCUCCAUUCCUGAACUGCGCCUGGGGGUUCUGGGAGAUGCGAGGAGUGGGAAGUCAUCGCUCAUUCACCGAUUCCUGACGGGUUCCUACCAGGUGCUGGAGAAGACAGAGAGUGAACAGCACAAGAAAGAAAUGUUGGUGGAUGGACAGACUCACCUGGUGCUGAUCCGAGAGGAAGCUGGGCCUCCUGAUGCCAAGUUCUCAGGCUGGGCAGAUGCCGUCAUCUUGGUCUUCAGCCUGGAGGAUGAGAACAGUUUCCAGGCCGUGAGUCGACUCCACGGGCAGCUGAGCUCUCUUCGAGGGGAGGGGCGAGGAGGCCUGGCAUUGGCACUGGUGGGCACACAAGACAGGAUCAGUGCUUCGUCGCCUCGGGUGGUGGGUGAUGCCCGUGCCAGAGCCCUGUGUGCAGACAUGAAACGCUGCAGCUAUUACGAGACCUGCGCCACCUACGGGCUGAACGUGGACCGGGUCUUCCAGGAGGUGGCCCAGAAGGUCGUGACUCUGCGCAAACAGCAGCAGCUCCUGGCCGCCUGCAAGUCCCUGCCCAGCUCUCCCAGCCAUUCAGCGGCCUCCACGCCCGUGGCCGGGCAGACUAGUAACGGGGGCCACACAAGCGACUACUCCUCUUCCCUCCCAUCCUCGCCCAACGUCGGUCACCGGGAACUCCGAGCGGAGGCAGCGGCAGUGGCUGGACUGAGCACCCCAGGGUCCUUGCACCGGGCAGCCAAGCGCAGAACCAGUCUUUUUGCGAAUCGCCGGGGCAGUGAUUCGGAGAAGCGGAGCUUGGACAGUCGUGGAGAGACGACAGGGAGUGGGCGAGCCAUCCCCAUCAAACAGAGUUUCCUACUGAAGCGAAGUGGCAACUCCUUGAACAAAGAAUGGAAGAAGAAGUAUGUGACGCUGUCCAGUAACGGCUUCCUGCUCUACCACCCCAGCAUCAACGAUUACAUUCAUAGCACCCAUGGCAAGGAGAUGGACUUAUUACGAACAACAGUCAAAGUCCCCGGCAAGCGGCCCCCUCGAGCCAUCUCUGCUUUCGGCCCCUCGGCCAGCAUCAAUGGACUGGUCAAGGACAUGAGCACUGUCCAGAUGGGGGAAGGCCCCGAAGCUACUACCCCCACCCCGAGUCCCAGCCCCAGCCCCAGCUCCCUGCAGCUCCCGCCAGACCAGACGUCAAAGCACCUGCUGAAGCCAGACCGGAACUUGGCCCGAGCCCUCAGCACUGACUGUACCCCAUCUGGAGACCUGAGCCCCCUGAGUCGGGAACCCCCUCCUUCUCCCAUGGUGAAGAAGCAGAGGAGGAAAAAGCUGACAACACCGUCCAAGACGGAAGGCUCGGCGGGGCAGGCCGAAGCCAAGCGCAAAAUGUGGAAACUAAAAUCCUUUGGUAGUUUAAGAAAUAUUUAUAAAGCAGAGGAAAACUUCGAGUUCCUGAUUGUCUCCAGCACCGGCCAGACGUGGCACUUCGAGGCAGCCAGUUUUGAGGAACGGGACGCCUGGGUGCAGGCCAUUGAGAGUCAGAUCCUUGCCAGCCUGCAGUGCUGUGAGAGCAGCAAAGUCAAGUUGCGCACAGACAGCCAAAGCGAAGCCGUGGCCAUUCAGGCCAUCCGGAACGCCCAGGGCAACUCCAUCUGCGUGGACUGCGGGGCGCCCAACCCUACGUGGGCCAGCCUGAACCUGGGCGCCCUCAUCUGCAUCGAGUGCUCGGGGAUUCACCGCAACCUGGGCACACACCUGUCUCGCGUUCGCUCCCUCGACUUGGACGACUGGCCGCGGGAGCUGACCCUGGUGCUGACGGCCAUCGGCAACGACAUGGCCAACCGCGUGUGGGAGAGCGACACGCGGGGCCGCGCCAAGCCCACGCGGGACUCGUCGCGGGAGGAGCGUGAGUCGUGGAUUCGCGCCAAGUACGAGCAGCUGCUGUUCCUGGCGCCGCUGGGCGCGAGCGAGGAGCCGCUGGGCCUCCAGCUGUGGGCUGCGGUGCAGGCCCAGGACGUGGCCGCCGUCCUCCUCCUUCUGGCCCACGCGCGCCACGGGCCGCUCGACACCAGCGUGGAGGACCCGCAGCUCCGCUCCCCGCUCCACCUGGCGGCCGAGCUCGCCCACGUUGUCAUCACGCAACUGCUGUUGUGGAACGGCGCCGACGUGUCGGCCCGCGACGCGCAGGGCCGCACGGCGCUGUUCUACGCCCGCCAGGCUGGGAGCCAGCUCUGCGCCGAUAUCCUGCUCCAGCACGGCUGCCCCGGGGAAGGCGGCAGCACGGCCACCACCCCCAGCGCGGCCACCACCCCCAGCAUCAUCGCCACGCCCAGCCCCCGCCGCCGGAGCAGCGCCGCCAGCGUGGGCCGCGCCGACGCCCCCGUCGCGCUGGUAUAGUUGCCCAGCGGGAGAGACAUCCCCCCCCCCCACACGGGCCGGGCAAGACCACAUCGGGUGGGCCGCUGGACAGAUGCACCCACUCACCUCUCCAGUCCGCACCCCACCCCACGGGAGCACUUCCUCCC